UCAUUAUUACGAACAACCCAAAAUAAACAUUUGUCCCCCAUUUGAUCCAAAGUUACAGUUAGACUGGUCUCUCUCUAAGCUUCUCUUCAUCACCGAGUCUUCAUCUAUCAUUCUCAGUUUCAGGUUCAUUUUCCAUCCGACAAUUUUUUUCCGACUUUGUGGUGAGUCUUGGAUUUGACUUUCUGAAUUUCUCCAUAUACGACGGGGUUGUUGGCUCGCUGAAGUGAGGCAGAGAAGGAAGUAGUUCAAGAAAGAUGCAGAAGCUGGGCGAAUUCAAGCUGCCUAACUUCUUCAACUAUCCACCUUACUUCACUUUGCAGCCUGUAAGGGAAACUAGGGAGAAGCAGAUACAGCUAUGGAAGGAGCUCAUAAUUGAUUUCUGUCGAACCCAAAAGGUCUUUGUAAUUGGGCUGGAGGAAGACUUUCCAUUGUUCAGUAAUCCUGCUAUUGAAAGAUCUCUGAGUCAUGAAGCUAGGGAGGCAUUUCUCUCAGCUUUGGUUUCUGAUGGUCGUGCAGAAUGGAUGGAUAAAGGUCAUAGAAAAUGUCUAAUCUUAUGGCAUCGCAUCCAGGACUGGGCAGACUUGAUUGUAAACUUUGUAAAGGAGUAUGGGCUGGAGGACAGUGUUAUGACAGUUGAAGAAAUACGUUCUGGGACGGAGUCCCAUGGAACAGAGCUUCAUGGAAUGGACCGUACAGUUCUUACGCGCACUUUGAAGCUGCUUGAACAUAAGGGGAAGCUUGCGAUAUUUAAGGGAACUUCAGCCGAUGAUGAAGGUGUCAAAUUUUCUCUGUAAACCACCAUGAUAGACUCCUUUACUGUACAAUGAGCGAGAAUUGUACUGAGUAUUUAUGUCAUGAAUUACUUGAUGGAGCCAAAUAUGAUGAAAUGACUUCUUUUCCAACUUCUGAAACUGAAUUCUCCGUAUUUUUUGAA